UCGGCAUGGAGGCGGUGGCGGCGGCCGGGAGGAGCUGCCGGGGUAGAAGCCGCACUUGUUAGUGUGGGGGGAGGAGGGGGCUGGGGGACGCCGACACCGUCACCCAGGGACGCCGAGUCGGGGGGGGGGUGGGGGCGAGAUCAGGCUCCGACCCCCGGCCGAGGGGAUGAGGGGAGCAUGGGCGCCAAGGAGUCACGGAUCGGAUUCCUCAGCUACGAGGAGGCGCUGAGGAGAGUUACAGAUGUAGAGCUGAAACGACUGAAAGAUGCCUUUAAAAGGACCUGUGGACUCUCAUACUAUAUGGGCCAGCACUGCUUCAUCAGGGAAGUGCUUGGGGAUGGAGUGCCUCCAAAAGUUGCUGAGGUAAUCUUUAUAGGUGAAAAGGUAAACUAUGAAAAGUUUAGAAAUUGGCUUCUUCUAAACAAAGAUGCUUUUACCUUCUCUCGUUGGCUACUAUCUGGAGGUGUUUAUGUGACCCUCACUGAUGAUAGUGAUACUCCCACUUUCUACCAAACUCUCGCUGGAGUCACACAUUUGGAGGAAUCAGACAUCAUUGAUCUGGAGAAACGCUGUUGGUUGCUAAAGGCUCAAUCCCGGACUGGACGAUUUGAUUUAGAGACAUUUGGCCCAUUGGUUUCACCACCCAUUCGUCCAUCUCUAAGUGAAGGUUUGUUUAAUGCUUUUGAUGAAAAUCGUGACAAUCACAUAGAUUUUAAGGAGAUAUCUUGUGGGUUAUCAGCCUGUUGCAGGGGACCCCUGGCUGAAAGACAAAAAUUUUGCUUCAAGGUGUUUGAUGUUGACCGUGAUGGAGUUCUCUCUAGGGUUGAACUGAGGGACAUGGUGGUUGCACUUUCAGAGGUGUGGAAGGACAACCGCACAGAUGAUAUCCCGGAGUUACAUACAGAUCUAUCUGGCAUUGUAGAAGGCAUAUUGAAUGCACAUGACACCACAAAGAUGGGCCAUCUUACUCUAGAAGACUAUCAGAUCUGGAGUGUGAAAAAUGUUCUUGCCAAUGAAUUUUUGAAUCUACUUUUCCAGGUAUGUCACAUAGUUCUGGGGUUAAGACCAGCUACUCCAGAAGAGGAAGGACAAAUUAUUAGAGGAUGGUUAGAACGAGAGAGCAGGUAUGGUCUGCAACCAGGACACAAUUGGUUUAUCAUCUCCAUGCAGUGGUGGCAGCAGUGGAAAGAAUAUGUCAAAUAUGAUGCCAGCCCUGUUGUAAUUGAGCCAUCAUCUGUUCUGAAUGGAGGAAAAUACUCAUUUGGAACAGCAGUACAUUGUAUAGAGCAGAGUGAAGAUAGAAUCGGAGGAGGCAGCCUCAGUUCUGUGAACACCACAGAAGAGAAAUUUUCAGACAACAUUUCUUCUGCAUCUGAAGCCUCAGAAACUGCUGGCAGUGGCUUUCUGUAUUCUGCCAUACCAGGGGCAGAUAUGUGCUUUGCUCGACAACAUAACACUUCUGACAAUAACAACCAGUGUUUGCUAGGAGCCAAUGGGAAUAUUUUGUUGCAUCUCAAUCCUCAGAAACCAGGGGCUAUUGAUAACCAGCCACUAGAAACUCAAGAACCUGUAAAGGCUACAUCACUAACACUAGAAGGAGGACGAUUAAAACGAACCCCACAGCUGAUCCACGGAAGAGAUUAUGAAAUGGUCCCAGAACCUGUGUGGAGAGCACUUUAUCACUGGUAUGGAGCAAACCUGGCUCUACCUAGACCUGUGAUCAAGAAUAGCAAAACAGAAAUCCCAGAGCUGGAGUUAUUUCCUCGCUAUCUUCUCUUCCUAAGACAGCAGCCUGCCACUCGGACACAGCAGUCUAACAUCUGGGUGAAUAUGGGAAAUGUACCUUCUCCGAAUGCGCCACUAAAGCGGGUCUUAGCCUAUACAGGCUGUUUUAGUCGAAUGCAGACCAUCAAGGAAAUUCAUGAAUAUCUGUCUCAAAGGCUACGCAUCAAAGAGGAAGAUAUGCGCCUCUGGCUCUACAACAGUGAGAAUUACCUUACUCUUCUGGAUGAUGAGGAUCAUAGAUUGGAAUAUUUGAAAAUCCAAGAUGAGCAGCAUCUGGUAAUUGAAGUUCGCAAUAAAGAUAUGAGUUGGCCUGAGGAAAUGUCCUUUAUAGCAAACAGUAGUAAAAUAGAUAGACACAAGGUUCCUACAGAAAAAGGAGCCACUGGUCUGAGUAACCUGGGAAACACUUGUUUCAUGAACUCAAGCAUCCAGUGUGUUAGUAACACACAGCCACUGACACAAUAUUUUAUCUCAGGGAGACAUCUUUAUGAACUUAACAGGACAAAUCCCAUUGGUAUGAAGGGGCAUAUGGCUAAAUGCUAUGGGGAUUUAGUGCAGGAACUUUGGAGCGGAACUCAGAAGAAUGUUGCCCCAUUAAAGCUCAGGUGGACCAUAGCAAAAUAUGCUCCCAGGUUUAAUGGGUUUCAGCAACAAGACUCCCAAGAACUUCUGGCUUUUCUCUUGGAUGGUCUUCAUGAAGAUCUCAACCGAGUCCAUGAGAAGCCAUAUGUGGAAUUGAAGGACAGCGAUGGCCGACCAGACUGGGAAGUAGCUGCAGAGGCCUGGGACAACCAUCUGAGAAGGAAUAGAUCAAUUGUUGUAGAUUUGUUCCAUGGGCAGCUGAGGUCCCAAGUCAGAUGCAAGACAUGUGGGCAUAUAAGUGUCCGAUUUGACCCUUUCAAUUUUUUGUCUUUGCCACUACCAAUGGACAGUUACAUGCACUUAGAAAUAACAGUUAUUAAGCUGGAUGGUACUACCUCUGUACGAUACGGACUACGACUGAAUAUGGAUGAAAAGUAUACAGGAUUAAAAAAACAGCUGAGCGAUCUCUGUGGGCUUAAAUCAGAACAAAUCCUUCUUGCGGAAGUACAUGGUUCCAAUAUAAAGAAUUUCCCUCAAGACAACCAAAAAGUACGACUCUCAGUGAGUGGAUUUUUGUGUGCAUUUGAAAUCCCCAUUCCUGGAUCUCCAAUUUCAGCUUCUAGUCCAAUACAGACAGAUUUCUCCUCUUCCCCAUCUACAAACGGAAUGUUCACUCUAACCACCAAUGGGGACUUGCCCCGACCAAUAUUCAUACCCAAUGGAAUGCCAAACACUGUUGUGCCAUGUGGAACUGAGAAGAACUUCACAAAUGGAGUGGUGAAUGGUCAUAUGCCAUCUCUUCCUGACAAUUCCUUUACAGGCUACAUCAUCGCAGUCCACCGAAAAAUGAUGAGGACAGAACUGUAUUUCCUUUCAUCUCAGAAGAAUCGCCCCAGCCUCUUUGGAAUGCCACUGAUUGUCCCAUGUACUGUGCAUACCCGGAAGAAGGACUUGUAUGAUGCAGUUUGGAUUCAGGUGUCUCGAUUAGCCAGCCCACUCCCACCUCAGGAAGCCAGUAACCAUGCUCAGGAUUGUGAUGACAGUAUGGGCUAUCAAUAUCCCUUCACUCUACGAGUUGUGCAGAAAGAUGGGAACUCCUGUGCCUGGUGCCCAUGGUAUAGAUUUUGCAGAGGCUGUAAAAUUGAUUGUGGGGAAGACAGAGCUUUCAUCGGAAAUGCCUAUAUUGCUGUGGAUUGGGACCCCACAGCUCUUCACCUCCGCUAUCAGACAUCACAGGAGAGGGUUGUCGAUGAGCAUGAGAGUGUGGAACAGAGUCGGCGAGCACAAGCUGAGCCCAUCAACCUGGACAGCUGUCUCCGUGCUUUCACCAGUGAGGAGGAGCUAGGGGAAAAUGAGAUGUACUACUGUUCCAAGUGUAAGACCCACUGCUUGGCAACCAAGAAGCUGGAUCUCUGGAGGCUUCCCCCCAUCCUGAUCAUUCACCUUAAACGAUUUCAGUUUGUAAAUGGUCGAUGGAUAAAAUCUCAGAAAAUUGUUAAAUUUCCUCGUGAAAGUUUUGACCCUAGUGCUUUUUUGGUACCAAGAGACCCGGCUCUCUGUCAGCGUAAACCACUCACACCCCAGGGGGAUGACCUCUCUGAGCCCAGGGUUCCGGGAGGAGACGUGAAGAAAGUGGAUGCUCAGAAUUCAGCUGGGGAAGAGGAUGUGCUCCUGAGCAAGAGCCCGUCUUCACUCAGUGCAAACAUCAUCAGUAGCCCUAAAGGUUCACCUUCUUCAACAAGAAAAAGCAGAACCAGCUGUCCCUCCAGCAAAAAUAGCAGCCCUAACAGUAGCCCUAGGACUUUAGGGAGGAGCAAAGGGAGGCUCCGGCUACCCCAGAUUGGCAGCAAAAAUAAACUGUCAAGUAUUAAGGAGAACUUGGAUGCCAGCAAAGAGAAUGGGGCUGGACAAGUCUGUGAGCUGGCUGAUGCCUUGAGCCGAGGGCACAUGCUGGGGGGCAGCCAAACUGAGCUGGUCACCCCUCAGGACCACGAAGUAGCUCUGGCCAAUGGAUUUCUGUAUGAGCACGAGGCAUGUGGCAAUGGCUACAGCAAUGGUCAGCUUGAAAACCACAGUGAAGAAGACAGUACCGAUGACCAAAGAGAAGAUGUUCAUGUUAAGCCUAUUUAUAAUCUAUAUGCAAUUUCGUGCCAUUCAGGAAUUCUGGGCAGGGGCCAUUAUGUCACUUAUGCCAAAAACCCAAACAGCAAGUGGUACUGUUAUAAUGACAGCAGCUGUAAGGAACUUCACCCUGAUGAAAUUGACACCGACUCUGCCUACAUUCUUUUCUAUGAGCAGCAGGGGAUAGACUAUGCACAAUUCCUGCCAAAGAUCGAUGGCAAAAAGAUGGCAGACACGAGCAGCAUGGAUGAAGACUUUGAGUCCGAUUACAAAAAGUACUGUGUGUUACAGUAAAGCUGCCACUCUGACUGCUAGACAGGCUGGUGGUGAGGGAGAUGGCUCCCUGUAGCUAACGUUUGGCAGAAGCGUCGCUGAAAGGCAAGCUAAAUGUAGUUAUUUUAUCCCGUGACCCUGAAGCACAAAAUAAAAAUCCUAAUUAAAAUAGCAGUUAGCAUAACAGUAGUAAUACUUUGGUUUGGAAAUGUCUCACACAAGCCCUCUGGUAGAGAACUUUCAGGCAGAGCCCACCAUUAGCCUGUAAACAAAAGGGUUUGGCACCAGCCACCUGGGACCAAAUAGGAGCUAAAUUGUGUUUGUCCAGAUAUAAACAAACAUGUAGUGAGUGUAGAGUUUACCAAUAACCAUAACAAAAUGCUAAGAAUUUCCUUGGAGUCAAAGUCAAACAAAAAAUUGUAGUGUUGUCUGGGGACGACAUGAUAUGCUGCCUCCUUUUUCCUGAAGUUUUAUUCAUUAUAUUGACAAGAUGGACAAAGCAAGAUCAGAAGGCGUACAAAGGAUUCUUCUGGCAUGGACACACAUUUUUCUAUUUAUUUUUUAAACUAUUUCCCCCACUCUUUCUAUGCCUUUCUUGCUUUUCGUUUCUGUUGUUGUGUUUGUGUUUGAGACACAACCAGUCAUUCGUGGCAGAGGCGUAUAGAAGUGGUCAGUUCGAAAGGGAGAAUCUCUUAAGAGCUGUGUGCCUUCUGCCCAGGGCCUUGGUCGGUCGGAGACCCUGUAGGGGGAAAAACAGCAUCCUGGGAAAUCCAGCUGAAGUACCCCUGCCCAUAGAGGCAUCUUACUUGAGGAUACAAGUGUCCUCAGAAAUGGAUCCCCCACCUCUGCUGAAGUGCAGUAGGACAGUUGCCAAUAUUUGCACCAUGGUCGCAUGCCCACGUUGCACAAGAGCUUCUGAGAGGGAAGGUGGCAUCAAAGCUAGAUGGUAUUUUACAGCUAGGGGUUGUUUGUUCUUUGUUUCUUUGUUUUGCACUUUAAAAAGAAUACAUGCAAAUGAACUUUUUAAAACAUGUUCAUAUUUGAUGGCUGUAAGGGCUAUAAAUUAACUUGAAUAUGGGGUAUUUUGCCCCAUCAUAUUAAAUUUAAAAACAAAACACAUCCCAGACACUGAUGGUGUGUAUUUUUAAUUUAAUUGGUGGGUUUAGGAAGUAAGCUUUUAUUUUGUUUGCAUGUCCAUUUUUUAAAUCUUGGUGUUUGUCUUUUUCUUUCUUUUUUAAAUAAUUUCACAGUAGUGGUCAUCAAAAGUUAUGUUUCUUUGCUCACUUCAUUUUUUUCCUCUGAUAAUUCAAAACUGGAACAAAAGUAUAAAUGUUAUUUAUCUCAGGCAGCAUUUUUUUUCCCCCUGUGUUGUUUUUAAAUAUAUGUGAAGUAAAUAUUUUCCUUUUUUUUUUUUUCCAGCCUUUUUUUAGUCAUCUGGACCCUGGAAAUGAUUCUCAUUAAUUGUCAGAUUUCAUUAACCUUCCUUCCUUACAGAUAGUAGGUACCAGUGUAAUUAAGCAUUUGUGUUCUGAUAUCUGAGGCCGGUUAUCCAGUUCUUCUCAGAGCAUUUGGAAAGGUUGUUUUAAAUGGAUACCUAAGUUGAAACCCUAUUCAGGAUAAGACUGUAAUCACAAGUAGGAAGGAAUGGCCUAAAUGGUAAAAUAUGAUAAAGUCAGACAAAAUGCCGGCUUUAUAGUUCCAUGAUUUCAGUAUAUGAAAAUCUGUCCAUUUCUACCUGGACAGGUCCCAUGAAAAAGUGGAAGAUUUAAAAUAAUUUCCUUACAGAUGUUUUAUUUAAGCAGGUAGCACAAUCUACUAAUGUUGUUUGAUCUGUGUUUGUUAUAUUGGUUGUAAUUAAUUUUUUAAUUCAUGACUAGCAGAAAAUUUAUGAAAUUAACUAUUAACUACAUUCACCUUGUAAAUUACUGUAUAAAACUUGUUGACAAUGCACUGACUUUAGAAAGAUGUUAAUGUACAUAAAUAGAGUGUAAAUAAAAUAGUGUUGAUGUACUGAAAUAUGAACUGUAUAAAAAAGUAUUGGUAAUUGUAAAUGGAGUGUACCUGUUUAUCUGUAACUAUUAUCCAAACAAAUUAAAUACUGUGGAUGCAUCUAUGUGCUGUUUUUCCUCUAUACAAGUAAACACCAAAAAGUCAGA